AUGAACUUGGGUCGUUUGCUUUCACGAAGAGCUAAAUAUCUGAGCAUCUUUGUCGUGGUUUUGCUGCUUUUUUGCCUAUAUUCCUUCAAAUCACUGACAUAUACUACUUCCAAACGAAAUGGUUUUCAACAACCUAUUCAAUCCAAAAAUACAAUCCGGAAGGAUCCCAAUUCUAUCUUGAUGCUUGUUUUAAGCAACGAUCAAAUUUCGGAUAAUCCCAAAUUCCUCGAAAAGCUCCUUUUGGACAGAAAAGAGUAUGCUCAGCGUCAUGGCUAUCAGCUCGUACACAAGAAAGAUCGUGACAUUGAACGCAAAUAUGGUACACAAAACACAUGGAGCCUUGUCACUGCUAUCAGGGAAACGUUAUACGAGCAUCCUGAAGCUUCUUGGAUUUGGGUAUUAGAUCCAAGGGCCGUCAUUAUGAAUACAGGAGAAUCACUUAAAGAGGCUAUAAUGAAUCCUGAACAACUUAGUAAUAGCUUUUUGCGCAAUUUUCCCGUUGAUCCAUUAAAACCUCAUAUUCGUACACGCAACAAAAUGGAUCUUGAAGAAAUUAAACUUAUUACAACAAAUGAUUAUAAUGGAAUUAGCAUUCGUUCUUUUCUUCUCAAAAACGAUGACUUCGCGCCAUUUUUACUUGAUUCUUGGAAUGAGCCCCUAUUUAAAAUGUAUAAAUCGGAACCGGAAUUAGCCGAAAGAUCUGCGUUGUCUCAUCUGUUAGAAAUUCAUCCAACCAUUAUGGAAAAUGUGGCACUUGUUUCUCCUAAAGUACUAAACUCCUAUACUGACUCUGCUGUUAAUUUGAAUUAUCAAGAAGGAGAUUUCUUGGUGCUCAGCAAUUGCGAGAAUGCGGCAUCUUGCGAGCGCUUUUUUGAUACUUAUGUUAAGCAACGAAGACCUUAUAAUCCCAAUAAGAAGAAGCCCUAUAACUAA